AUGGUGAAUCUGGGCAUCACUAAAGUGGACGACGCGGUGGCAGCAAAACAUCCCGGUCUGCAGAGUUAUGCUGCUUGUCAAUCCCGGGCGUUUAUGAAAGGGACUGGAACCUUUAUAUUUGGUGCACUCGGGCUCUUUGCCGUCCAGGCCGCUCUGAGGACUAAAGUCCCGUAUCCUCUACAGUACUUGUUGAUUUCGAUCGUUUUGUCGUCGACGGCGAGUUAUUCUGUGACUCGGUGGGAAACACAGAAAUGUACAGAUCUCUGGAUUCUUCUGGAAACAGGAAAGCUCCCAGACAGAUCCCAGUCUCAGGCUCCAAAAGAAGAAGAUUCAGCUCCGUCCAGAACCAAGUACGGAGACGUGAUCGAAUAG